GACAGAACACUUCCUGGUGCGGAGGGGAAACCUGUCUGUCUGCCUGCCUGCCUGCCUGUCUGUCUGCCUGUCUGUGUCUUGUGGGCUGGGUCAUGAGACUACAGGGGUGGGUCUCCUUCAGUAAAGUCGCAGCUGGGUUUGUGAGUGCAGCAUCCUGGAGGAAGCACGUGUGUGUGUGCAGUCAGUCCGCGCACAUCAUGGCAGAGGAGGCGAAGAAACUGGCCGCGUACGCCGCUGUGGAUAACCACGUCCAGAACAACCAGGUGGUUGGAGUGGGCAGUGGGUCAACCAUCGUCUAUGCUGUGGACAGAUUAGCUGAGAGAGUGCGUCAGGAGAAGCUCAACAUCGUGUGUGUGCCCACCUCCUUCCAGGCUCGUCAGCUGAUUCUGCAGCACGGCCUCACGCUCUCUGAUCUGGACAGGCACCCUGAGCUGGAUGUGGCGAUUGACGGAGCGGACGAAGUGGACGCAGAGCUCACGCUGAUAAAAGGUGGAGGCGGCUGCCUCACCCAGGAGAAGAUCGUAGCCGGCUGUGCUAAACAUUUUGUUGUCAUUGCCGACUUCAGGAAGGACUCCAAGGCCCUGGGCCAGCAGUGGAAGAAGGGAGUUCCUAUUGAGGUGAUCCCCAUGGCGUACGUCCCCGUCUCCAGGACGAUCGCCAAGAGCUUCGGAGGGGAGGCCAUCUUGCGGAUGGCUGUCAGUAAAGCAGGUCCUGUGGUCACUGACAACAGCAACUUCAUCCUCGACUGGAAGUUUGAGCACGCUGAGAACUGGAAGGACGUCAACACGGCACUCAAGAUGAUUCCAGGGGUGGUGGAGACGGGGCUUUUCGUCGGCAUGGCUGAACGAGCUUACUUCGGGAUGGAGGAUGGAAGCGUGCAGGUUCGAGAUCCACCGGUCAACUGAGGGUUGGAUCCUGUGCUCUGCCGCCCCCUCCUCUCGAUGACCUCACUUUACCCACAAGUGCCAUGUUGAUGAUUUACAGCCGGUCUCAGACUGUCUGAACUUUAGUUUAGUUUUCACACAUGUUUUAAAGCAGACUUGAGGACAUGUGGUGUUAAAGUGCCUGCUGAGUGAAUCUUUGGCCUCCUGGUCUCACUGAAUGUCGCUCUUCCUGUAAUCUGCUCGUUUGACUGGAUGUCUGCAGAGCUCUGGUUCUCAACCAGCAUCGCUGCAGAAUGAAACUAAAGUGUGCCUUGAGAUUAUUAUUAGAUUUUAAAGCUGAUCCUCGUGCAUCAAACGUCUGCGAGGCUGCAAAUAACAGACGACAUUGUGAGCAGUCAGGAAGCUGAUCUGCCUUCAAGUCUUUACGUUUAAUCCGAUCCCAGAAAGAGGAGUAAUGUGAACUCUACAUCAAGAUGUUAUACAUUUUCAAGAAUUAAUUAAUAUGCUAAUUUAAUGAGAUCUUUAACAAUUUAGGGAAACCCUGCGGCGCAGCGAUGAAGCUUCCAUUACUUGGUUAUCGUACCACAGAGCACAGAGGUGUAAUACACAUAAUGUAGAUACUUCCUUCUCUACAGACAUGUCAUCGCACGGUCUGACGACAACUGGUCCUCACAUAGUAGAACAGGGAACUUCUGCACCAACACGGUGAAGAGCCACCAAACCAAAGGUCAACUCGUCGUCCUUGUAAGAGCACUUCCUGGUUCUCUCCUACAGCAGCAUGUGGUUCUGUUUGUGCCAACAUAUUUCCAUUGUCUUCACUAAGUACCUGUUUGAGUGUUCUGCACAGCUGUAAUAUAAUGUGUACAUUUCAGGAUCUUUACCUGGAAACUCCUUCUGUUACGUGACAUUCCUCAAAGGCUCUCUCUCUCUCUCUCAUGCACGUCCCCCCCCCCCCUCCACUGUGUUGCCUGUUUUGUGCCUGUAAGUUACUUGCGUUGUAAUUUCUCAUUCCUAACACGAGCCGUGUGGUCACAGGAAGUCUUGUGCCAUCUUUAAUCAGCUGUAGAGAGACGUGUAGAUCACUUUGAGGUGAUGGUGAUGGUGACGGGCAGCAUUGCUUUAAAAUGGUCGCAGUUAACGCCGAUGAUGUAGCUCAAAUGUGAACAGCAACACAUGUACACUUUGUGCCUUGGCACGCCAAAGCAAUAGAUCAGCAUGUUUUAUUCAGACGGAGCUAAAUUCAUUGAUGUAGCUGCUCGUGGUGUUGGCUCAACCCACAAUCACGGCUUCUUUAAAACUGGAUUUGAAUGUAUACAUGUAUCAGAACUGCAGCAGGUAAAAGCCAACAAAGAAACCUUGAAGAUGUUUUAUGUUUCAGAAGGUCCAAUCUAUUGAAUCUUUAUUCCUGUCUUACAGAAACCUUGUUCUGCAGCUUUGAAUGUGUUGCAUAAGAUCUGAGUGAGAGGAUGCAUCUCCACACGAUGCUCUCAUCGUCUAAAACACUCAAGUAUUCACAAGCUCGUUGUCUCUUGUCUCAGAUUCACAUAGAAGUUGUCUUUCCAAGGAUGUUGGUUACUUUACUAUCAUUUGGAUCAAAAAUUGUGAAAGUGUCAUGUUUUCCUUAUGAAUGAUAUCUUUCUUUGUGAAAUCUUUGUCUCACAAUGCCUUACACUUUAUUACACUUUAUGUUGUACGUACAGCUCUAAAGAAUUUAUGGAUGCAUCAGCGGCGUGUAGACAAAAAAACAUGUUGCCCAAUACAAAGUACACCGUGUUACAUCCACACCAGCAUUUCUCUUGUUCCUUUUACUAAUUCACUGUGGUACUGGUUUUGCUGUGAAGGUACUAUUUUCUUUGUCAAUCAAUACAGAACCGUAAUAACA